CACAUAUCCCCACUCAGCCUGCCUGCUCAAGCUGGAAGCAUCAUGGGCCGGUCAACGGAGGCUAUUGCCCAUCUCGCUUCUAUGCAGCUCGUAGCGUUACCAACCCCCCGGCCGAGCUCGGUGUUUCGGCAUGAAGUCACGUCCGUGCCUUCACUGGCAGCAGCACCAGCAGCAGCAGCAGCAGCAGCAGCAGCAGCAGCAGCAGCAGCAGCAGCAGCAGCACGAUCAGCACCACCACCGCCACCACCACCAGCAGCAGCAGCAGCAGCAACAGCAACAGCAACAGCGACAGCAGUAGCAACACUGCCACCAGCAGCAGCAGCAGCAUCAGCAGCACCCUCAGAGCCAGGACCAGCAGCAGCAGCACGAGCAGCAGCAGCUGGGCCAGCAGCAGGAGCGCUAGGCUCCUCUGUUCCAGCAGCUUGUGAAGCUGCCAUCGAUCGUCACCUUUUCCAACUGUGGGAGGCAGUGACUCCUCUUCCCGCAUUCCCCUCCCUGCAAACACAUGUGCCACAUUACCCAAGCUACAGCUCCUUUCCAAUGCGAGUCCCUCCACUUGCACUUGGGGCUGCUGGUGGUGGGGAGCGUGUAGCCCCCGAAAGAGGUGUGAGCAAGGAAUAUCCCGAGUCGACUCGAAAUACACUGGGACAAGUCCCACUGCUUGUGCUUGAAGCUGGUGGUGGUCGGGAGGGUGGAGCCACCGCAAUAGGCGUGAGCAAGGAAUAUUUUAAGCUGAAUCAAAGUACACCAGGACAAGUUCCACCGCUUGCGCUUGAGGCUGCUGGCGGUGGGAAAAUGGGAAUCACUGCAAGAGGCGUGAGGAAGGAAACUGGGUGGAGUGUGAACGCGGGCAGAGGGGAUGGCAUGGAUAAGGGCAUGGACAAGGGCAUGGAUAAGGGCAUGGACAAGGGCAUGGAUAAGGGCAUGGAUAAGGGCAUGGAUAAGGGCAUGGAUAAGGGCAUGGAUAAGGGCAUGGACAAGGGCAUGAGCAGCCCCUGUUCAGCUCAAUGCUAUGACGGAUUGAGUUGCAGUAGCCAAGGUGGCAAGCCCGACCUCUGGCGUGCUUGUGAGGUACACCUCAACCUCAGCAGGCCCGUGACAGCAGGCUGCGAGGAAAGCUGGCUUUCUGCUGAUAUCUGCUCGCUGCAGCAGCUGCUGCAGCAGCAGCAGCAGCUAAAUGUCGAGCUUAGCAGCCUCAAGGGAUUAGAUCCUGGCGUCUUGACGUAUGGUAAUCUGCGGCCAGAUGCGCUUUUUGAAGCCAUGUGUGGGGGGGCUGCUCUCUGAGAGUAUUUUAUUGUUUGAUGCUUUCUUUGUUUGUUUGUUUGUUUGUUUGUGUGUGUACAUUCAUGUGUAAAUAUUUUUCAAGUUG